AUGUGCGAUACUCUCGAAGAUGCUAAGGAGGCGAAGGCGCUAGAGUUUUCGAUAGGAGCCGGUCAGACGGUAAUAGCGGACCUCGUGUCGUUCACAACAAUCUGGACGGGAACCGUGAAGGAAAGCGAAGAUUUCGACGGUCUGCCUCGGUCGAUCUCCAUGACGUGGACUGCUGACUGCUCCACCCAGAACUUCGUGGUGCAGAUGAUAUCUCCAGCCAAAGACGGGGGUGUAGACACGAUGGUGUCUCUCCCAAACCCCAGCAACGGGGAAAACUUCUUACUCGCAACUGUCCACCACAAUUCCAUAGACGAAAUUGACGUCGAGGAUGACAUCGGGCGACGCCUCCAGAUCGCCGACAGCGUCGGUGAGCAAACCAAUCUACGACAAGGGGUCCAACGGUCUGCCCUCGACGACGGUUCGGAGAUCUUGACCCCUCGACGGCUCCUCGCCAAGGAGGCGGAAAGGGGAAUCGAGAGGGCAAGGCUGGACGACCCGGACAUCGACGCCAAGGAUAACGACAUCCGCCAACUCCAGGAGUACCGGUCAGCUUCUCCGGAAGGCCAAGAGGCAUUCCACGAACGUGGACUUCGCCGCCUGAGCGAGGACAACGUUGUCAUGCCCGGCGGCCGAGUGCUUUCGAGUGAGACCGUGAUCGACGUAUUGGUGCUGUACACGGAAAAAGCCAUGCUGGAGUCGGACUCCGGAGACGGAGCUGGCCGAAGUAUUGCACAGAUGGAGAGCGACAUAGCCACGGCUUACCAAGGGGCCAACAACGCACUAUCGGCGUCUGGGGUCAACUUCUCCGUGAGGAUCGUGCACAUGGAACAGGCACCUUUCGACGAAAGCGACAGCAUCGUCGACGACGUGCGCGCCAUCCAGAAGAACGAGGGCGUGCACAAGCUGCGCGACGAAUACGGCGCUGACCUCGUGCAGCUGAUCGGUUACUACCUCAACACAUGCGGUGUCGGGUUUACCAUGGGCAGCCCCUCUUCCGGCUUUGCUCAGUACGGCUACUCGGUGGUCCACACCAACUGCCUGUCCAACUUCUCGCACAUUCACGAGCUCGGGCACAAUUUCGGAGCCAACCACAACAAGGAGAACGCGGGGGGGAGCGACGGCGUGGAUGCCUACAACUACGCGUACCGCAACUGCGAAGUAGGCACGAAGUUUCGCACAAUCAUGGCGUACUCCUCGGGCUGCCCGUCAACUCCACGGGUGAACGUCUUCUCCAACCCCGACCUCACCUACGCCAACCAGCGCCAAGGGACGGAAAACGCGGACAACGCCCGUGUCUUGAACGAAGCCAUGUCGGAAAUUCAUCAAUGA